GCACUUUUCUUUUAAAGCGGAAUCAGCACUUUCUGCUUUUCAUUAUUUGCUGUCUCCCGGCCAAUUUUAGUUUAACAUAACAUCUCAAACACUCAAGCGUGUCCGUUAGUGUCACGUUAAUGUCAGUUAAUGUAUUAGUGGAUUAGUAACGCUGUCUUUCAUAAGGGCGCAGAUUUGAGGCGAAAACAACAUUUUUUUUCUCUUCUCUCCACCCGGUCUGGAGGAGGAGGGUGGGGUUUAGAGCCUCUCUUUCCUCACCAACUACCGGACACCCCGCCUUUCUGCCCCCGGUAACCGAGCUUCCGUUCUCGGAUUGAGUGAUUAGACACUCCGCCUCGCUGUCCCUGCGGAUUUAGAUUAAGUUUUAAUGGAGUUUUUUUUCUUAAAGGAAGUCGGCAGCAGAAAAAAACUACUGUGAACCCGGAUACAGUCAGAUGAGAAAGAGAGAGAGAGAGAGUCAUUCGUGCCACGUCCAUGAAGCGCUCCGUCAGCUGGCCGAACAUCUGUAGAAACCCUCCGGCAACAAAGAGGAAAAGCGGUUCGUCAGCAGCGCAACAGUUGCACUGAGUCACGCAGCAGUUCCAGCGCGCUGGGUUUAAUAACUCCCGUCUGCGUCUGGAGUCCGUGUUCCGCGUCGCGUUGACUCACGUCUUAGCGCAAACCACCGGGACAUCUGCCGAGCCCCGAGGCUGAUAGCCUCCGCCGGGAUUCUCCGGUCCCCCUGUCAGGUGAAAGGCGUGGCUCUGGGCGUGGGAGGCGGGGGAAAAAGCUUUGUUCCAACUACACCUGAGCGAGAGAUUCAGUUACCCGGGCGGUCCGGGGUUGAGCCGUUGGAGCGCCAACUGCUGCCGUUAGCUUAUGAAACCCCUCACCAAAUGGAUCCGUUCACCCUCCGAACCCAGCAAACUCGGAAUUAUGUGUGAACCGUAAUGACUUAUCGCACACAUCUGAGGCUUGACCCCUCGUACCGACGGUGGGAAACUUGAGUCGGACCGGUUUUAGCGCUUUUUAUCGUUUAUUUAGACCCGGUCGGGCCAUGGCUCUGUCUCAGGUCCAGUGUCUGGACGACCAUCACGUCAACUGGCGGAUCAGCGAGAGCAAGCCGGAGUUUUUCUACAGCGAGGACCAACGGCUGGCCCUCGAGGCGCUCAUCGCCAAGGGCCGCGAUGCGUUCACGGACUACGUCCAGAAGCACGGAGUCCGGGAGUUCCUCUCGGAGCGCGAGCUGGAGCGGCUCGCGCGCAUCGCGGAGGCUUACCGACCGGGGCACGAGCACCACCAGCGGCCCGAGACUCCCGGCUCGGGGAACUUGACUGCGGGGUCCGGGGAAGAGGGAGAAGACGGGGAGGUGUCGCUCGAGUACUGGCCGGACCGGUCCGAGGCCUCGGUGGUGGAGCUGGACCUCGGGUGGCCCGACUCCAUCUCGUACCGGGGGGUGACGCGCGUGACCGUGCACACGCAGCCCCCCACUGAGGGCCAGACGCACAUCAAGGAGGUGGUUCGCAAGACCAUUGCAUCAGCACAGAAGGUGAUAGCUGUGGUGAUGGACGUGUUUACAGAUGUGGAUAUCUUUCGAGACCUUCUGGACGCGUCCUACAAACGCAAAAUCCCCGUGUACAUAAUCCUGGACAUCGCCGCUGUGCCCUGCUUUCUUUCCAUGUGUGGCAGGGCUGAUAUGCACCGGGGCCACCUAAAGAAUCUGCGAGUGCGCUGCUGUGGAGGCCUGGAAUUCUUCACACGAUCGGCACAGCGGGUGCGCGGCUCCUUGAACGAGAAGUUUCUCCUCGUAGAUGGAGACAAAGCCAUCUCUGGCUCAUACAGUUUCACCUGGUCCUCGUCCCGUCUGGACCGGAACCUGAUCACCGUCAUCACCGGGCAGGCAGUGGAGACCUUUGACAUGCAGUUUCGGGAUCUCUACCUCUUGUCCAGAGGAGUGUCCCUCAACAAGGUUCCCCUGCAGGACGAGCCGAUCCCUGAGCCGCUGGUUCAGGCGGCGCCGACACCUGUCCCGGCUUCUAUUGCGAGGAAGCUCAUCAAUCCCAAAUAUGCACUCGUUGCGGCGGGCAAUCACACAAGUCCCACCUCCUCUGACCAGAACUCCAGUAAAAAGGAGUCAAACUCCCAGAAUCCCACUGGGCUCAAGAUAUUUAAAGGACGUAUUAAGGAGGUCAUCCAGGAGGCGCCCUUACAUCCAGGGUUGGUCGGUCUGGGCAAAGCCAACUUAAUCCCGUAUCUUCCAACCUGGCCGGAGCCGGACCCCCCGAGUGACGUGAUCGGCUUCAUCAAUAUCCGAGAUGACAAGAGGGCCCAUCAGGUCCACUUACAGAGGUCAGAGAGGUUCGAGGUUAGUCAGGCUAUACGCUUCAGCUCACCACUGACCCAACCAGCGCCGGCUCAGGAAUCCACCUCAGAUCAGGAUCAAAAGGAGCCACAAACAGAACAAACGGUAUCUGGAAAUAUAAGUGCUAAAGAUCCUACGCCUGUAGUUCCAGCAGAGAGCAAGCUUGGGUCCGAAACGGCUCCAAAUAAGGACCAGACUGAUUCCGCAGGUUCCCCUCAGCAGCCCAACACACCUGUGCAACAUGAACCACAAACAUCUGCAACACAACCCAAAGUUACUGCCGAGCCACGGCCUACGGACAAUACUGGAAGAGCUCCGGAAACGCCACCCGCAGCGCCGCCUGUUCCCAAGCGCCGCACGCUGCAGUUAGUCAUAGACCCCGCGUCGUCAGAGCAGCCCGGAGAGGCGCAGUUCACCCUGGUAAAAAUGGACCAGGUGAAUAAUCUGCACACCGAACGGCCUCAAAAGGAGCCGACCCAGAACCGCAGCCGGUUAACGUCGAAGAACCAAGACGAAGACUCCGGCAGCAACGAAGAGGGCAGCCAAGACAGCACUAAGGUCCUAUGCGACCGAGCGGCGGCCGAAGUCCCCUCCAGUGCAUCCACGGCGUCAGAGGAGGAGUUCUAUGACUGUCCGCCGCAGGAGGCCGGCAGCCGGCUGAUCAACGGGGGGCAGGCCGGAUCAGGCAGGGGGCCUUCCCACGGAGACGGACUCAACAUGAUGGCCCGCUUGUCUCAGAGCAUGCUGGACCUGCGGGAGCCCAGCCAAUCAGAGGGCGGCGCUUCCCUAAUCCGCCAAUCCCAGCAGCUGCGCAGAAUGGAGCAUGCCUCCCCGCACCGGCACAUCGGACAGAUAUUCCAGAUCUCAAGAUCUCCGGCUCGUGACGCCAGACUGAGGGGACCUAAAGUAAUAAUCGCCAAACCAGGACGUUUCCACGCCCCUCCCCGAACCGCUGGUCAUGUGAUCGGAGGUCACCACUACCGGCAGGAGCUCCUGAUGCCGCCCGGCUCGGCCCAGCUGCACCUGGAGGUCCGCUCCGGGCGGUCGCCGCGAAGACACAGCCCCGGCUACAGGAAGACAUCGCCGCAGCCAACGGCCGACCAAAUGGGGUUCCUCGGAGUGUCUCUGUCCAAACUCAGCAGCUUAAAAAAUUUAAAAGGGCGUGCAGGAACCUCUCAGAAGAAAGCGUCUCAGAUGAAUAAGGCUGCCAGGUAGAACCGCGGGUCAGAACCGGUACCUGAGAGUGUUUUCUGA